AUGAAGCCACUUCAGACGACUCCACCCCUCGCCGGCGUGUGCGCUGGCGGCGGCUUUCUGUACGUGCUCGAUAAUUGCGCUGGCCAUGGAUGGGACGCCGGGCGCAACGCCGGCAUCUCCAUCAUUGAUGUGCGAUCUGAGAUGACGCAGCAGCCUGUGGUGAGUUCUCAAGACGAGUUUUGUGUGCGGGUGUACAAUGGGGCUUUCCACCUCGUGCAGCAAAUCGCAAUCGCGACGCGCAGCCGCAGCCCUGCGGCAGGAAACGGGGUCGUGGGCACCGGCAUCACGGUCGAUGGGGCGCGCAUGUGGGUGGCCCUUAGCGAUUUGAUCGAGAGCGAGGCCAACAGAGGGCGCGAAAUGCUGGCGGAGAGGCCGCCUUCGGUGGAGGAGGAGGAGCCGCCGGACGACUUCGUCUGCCCAAUCACGACCGAGGUGAUGAGCGACCCGGUGAUGGCGGCGGAUGGGCACUCAUACGAGCGGACGGCGAUCGAGCGUUGGCUCGCGACCAAGUCGACGAGCCCUCUGACGGGCGGCGAGCUCGACCACACUUGUAUCUUCCCAAACCACUCGCUGCGUCGGAUGAUCCGAGAGUGGCAGAAGGCGCAGUGA